UUCAACUAUAAAAUAAAUAUGAGUUAUAUAAAACAGAUAGAGGUUGAAAAUUUUAAGUCAUGGCGUGGAAAACAGACAAUUGGACCGUUUAAACGGUUUACCUGCAUUGUUGGUACUAACGGCUCAGGUAAGUCAAAUGUGAUGGAUGCUCUGGGGUUUGUGAUGGGAGAGAGAGCAUCCAGUCUUAGAGUAAAGCACACCAAAGACCUAAUACAUGGUGCCCACAUUGGCAAACCCGUCUCCAACACUGCCUCAGUCACCAUGCGCUUCUGCAACGAGAAAGACAAAGAGACCACAUUCAGCAGAACCAUAUCAGGUGACUCUUCCGAGUACAGAGUAGACGGUAGGCAGGUGACACUAGCCAAGUACACAGGAGAGCUGGAAAAGAUAGGCAUCAUAGUGAAAGCCAGGAACUGUCUCGUGUUUCAGGGAGCUGUGGAAUCCAUAGCUAUGAUGAAUGCGAAGGAACGUGUAAAAAUGUUUGAGCGCAUCAGUAACUCAAUUGACCUGGCUAAUGAAUAUGACAGUAAGUCGGCAGUGCUUCAGAAAGCAAAAGAGGACGCCCAAUUCCACUUUAAUCGCAAACGAGCAGCCAUGGUGGAAAAGAAACAAGUCUCUAAAGACAAAAAUGAGGCCAAGAAAUAUCAGGAACUGGUAGACGAGCUCAGUGAAAGUAAGCUCCAGCUCAGUCUCUUUCAGCUUUACCAUAAUGAGAGGAGCAUUGACACAUUGUCUGAGUCCCUGAGAGACAAACAUGGGGCUGUUGCUGUAAAGAAAAGCCAGCUGGAGGAGUGGGAGCAGGCUGUAAAGGCUCAAAAGAAAGAGCAUGGACGCCUUAACCGAGAGCUUCAGAAACUAGAGAAGGAGAUUAAGUGCCAGGAGGAGAUCCUCUGCCAGCAGAGGCCUCAAUACAUCAGGGCUAAAGUGAAUACAACUCAUCACUGUCGCAAGGCUGAGGAGGCACGCAGCAGCCUACAAAAGAGUCAAAAACAGUGGGCCAAAAAACAGCAGGAGCUGCUGGAGUUAAACGAAGAGCUGGAUCAACUUGAGAGAGCAUUUAGAGCUUGUGAAAAAGAGAUGGAGGAACGUGUCGCUCAGAGAGGAGAGGAUGUAGAGCUGGAGGAAGCUCAGCUGGAGCGUUAUAAGGAGCUGAAGGAAUUGGCUAGGAAAAAGGCAGCUGUGUUCAUCCAGAAGGCUGAAAAACUACACUGGGAGGUGAAGGCGGAUGGAGAAAAGCUGGAGUUUGAUAAAAGGAGAAAAAGUGAGGUUGAGACAAACAUUAAACAUUGCCAGGGACAGCUGGAUGAGUUGAACAGGAGGGCAGGAAAACUGGAUGAAUAUGCCAUCUCCUCUAACAAAGCUUUGGAGAAACAAUGUGGCCAGGAGGAACGUUUGGCAGAGGAAUUGGAGCGUGGCCGAGUGCGGUUGCAUGAGGUGAAUGAGGAGCUGACACAAGUGCUGAGCGAGCUGCAGAAUGCUCGCAUAGACAGCCAUGAGAAUCGACGGCAGCAGAAACUAGAUGAAAUGCUGGAGAACCUGCACAGACUCUACCCCGAUGUUGUGUAUGGACGCUUGGUAAACUUGUGCCAGCCUAUCCACAAGAAAUACCAGCUUGCUGUGACUAAGGUGUUUGGCAGAUACAUGAAUGCUAUAGUGGUGGCUUCAGCAAAGGUGGCCCGUGACUGCAUUCAGAUUUUAAAAGAGGAGAGAGCUGAGCCAGAGACUUUCCUUCCUAUUGAUUACCUGGAUGUAAACCCUUUAAAUGAGCGUCUAAGGGAGGUGCGUGGAGCCAAGAUGGUCGUGGACGUGGUGCAGUGUUUGCAAAAUGCACCUCAGCUGAAAAGAGUGGUUCAGUUUGUGUGUGGAAAUGCGCUAGUGUGUGAGACCCUGAAAGACGCCCGCCAUGUUGCUUUUGAUGGACCGGAACGCCGCAAGACUGUAGCUUUGGAUGGAACUUUGUUUUCAAAGUCGGGUGUGAUCUCCGGUGGCUCUUUUCAACUGAGCCUCAAAGCACGACGCUGGGAGGAGAAGGAAAUGAGCGGCCUAAAAGAGCGCAAGGAAAAGCUCAGCGCUGAGCUAAGGGAACUAAUGAAACUGAGACGAAAAGAGGCUGAGCUGAAUCAGAUAAGAGCCCAGGUGCAGGGAGUCCAGACUCGCCUUAAGUAUUCUAAUUCUGAGCUGGAGACCAUCCGCAAGAGGAGCAUCCCAGCAUGUCAGGCUGAAAUCUCCAGGCUGGAGAGUGAACUCUCAAACCUUCAGUCUCAGAUUGAGAUGCAAGCCAUGAAUGUGCAACUACAGGACAGUGAAAUGAUGGCCAUUCAAAAUCAAGUCAAUCAGAUGGAAGACAGGGUGUUCUUAGACUUCUGUGCUGAAAUUGGUGUGGCCAACAUCCGUGAGUACGAGCAGGACUACGUAAGACAGCAAGAGGAGCUCGAGAAUAAACGGCUUCAGUUUGUGUCCCAGCGCACACGGCUGAACACACAGCUUGAGUAUGAGCAGGAGCAGCUAGACAAACAGCGCAGGCUCAUCAGUAAAAUCGAGGAGUCCAUUAGCAAAGAGGAAGACGCCAUUCGCACCUUAAAAGCGGAGGAGGAGAGGCUGCUGGCUGCUGUAGAUGAGUCUCAGUCCAAGCUCUUGGACCUGAAGAACUUGCUGGUUGGACAGAAGGCUUACGUUAAUGAUGCAAAAGCUGAGCUUGAUAGGAAAACUAAGAGUCUUCAGGAGAAGUCCAGAGAGUUGGUAAAGCAGCAGAAAGAGAUGAUCUCUGUGGAGACUGCUUUGGAGCAGCAGAGGCUUUGUAAGCACAACUUACUGCUGAACUGCAAAAUAGAUGGUCUACCCCUCACCCUGCUUUCAGGAUCCCUGGAUGACAUCAGUGAAAUCGAGCUCGACUCAGAGUCCCUGACUAUCAGCACACUGGACAUUUAUGAGCGUGAGGGACAGAUGGUGUUUGAUUAUGAACUGCUGGGAGACGACCUAAAGAGACUGACUGAGGAGCAGGAGGUGGAGUCUCAGCUGGAGGUGCUUAAAGAGAAAGUGUCAUCUCUGGAAAGAUUGAUCCAGGUGUCCAAACCUCCCAACCUGAAGGCUCUGGAGAAAAUGAUGGAGGUUAAUGACAGCUUUCGUGGAGUAGUGGAUGCAUUUGAGGCCAGCACAAGUGUAGCAAAGAAAUGUCAUCAGGAGUUUGAGCAGGUAAAAGCCAAACGCUUCCAUCUCUUCAGCAAGUGCUUCGAACAUGUGGCCGUCGCCAUCAGCCAGAUCUACAAAAACCUCUGCAGGAAUGACGGUGCCCAGGCAAUUCUGAGUGCUGAGAAUCCUGACGAGCCAUACCUGGGUGGUAUCACCUAUAACUGCAUAGCUCCUGGUAAAAGAUUCAUGGCCAUGGACAACCUGUCAGGAGGAGAGAAGUCUAUUGCAGCCCUUGCACUGAUUUUUGCCAUCCACAGCUUUCGUCCUGCUCCUUUUUUUGUGCUGGAUGAGGUGGAUGCUGCUUUGGAUAACACAAACAUUAGCAAGGUGACAAGCUUUAUUAGGGAGCAAUCCAGAGGAAACUCCCAGAUCAUUGUCAUCUCACUAAAGGAGGAGUUCUAUUCCCGGUCAGAUGCUCUGCUGGGGGUUUAUUCUGAGUUUAACGAGUGCAUGUUCAGCCGCAUUCUCUCGCUAGACCUGACUCCGUAUCCCCUCAAUGAUCAGGACUGGUAGGACAAAGGAAAGCGGAUGUAAAGCAGGAAGACGUGGGGAAAGGGAUAAUUAUUAGUAAAACUUUUUAAAUCUGA